UGUGGCAAAUGAAAACAUCCAAGGGAAAUGUCAAAAGAUGCAAGGAGUGGGUGAAAUGAAAAUUGAAAACAUUCAAGAUUGAAUGAAUGUGUGACAAGUGACAUGUGUGGAAUUAUUUGUUCGGAAAAUGUUGGAUUGCUCCUCUGAGUUUGACUGAGCAGUGUUUAGUGAAAAUCCAGAGACUUGCCGGCGACAAUACGAGCGCGAUGAGUGGCAAAAUAGUCGCCGAGAUUGAGGAGUGCAUCCGCAACAACACGACUUGGCAGAACCUUCCGAUCCAUUUGAAACAGAUACUAAGGAACACACCGCUACACUACGACCGACAUGUAUAUGACUACAGUUUAAGAAACCAAUUACGAUACCGUGGCAAUUUAGUACGUAAGGUAUUCAAAAAUGAGCAGCGCUAUUACGAACUGCUGGUGGAGAAAAGUAUCGAAGAUCUUUGCUUGUUCCCCUAUCAUUUAGCCGAUAUCGUCACGAAAGGAUUACGCGUAACGCCGUUCAAUUAUUAUAUCGAUGUGAUAAGCACUCUUUUAAAAAAUGAUAAAAGCUACGAUACGUUACCUAAUUUUACUGCAGCUGAUUGCUUGCGAGUCCUUGGAAUUGGAAGGAAUGAGUAUUUAGCUUUAAUCAGUGAGUUGAAAACGAACUCAUCAAAAUUGUUCCGCCGCCCAAACCCACUUCAAUUUUUGCCAAAAUUCCCUGUGAAAAUUAAUAUUGAGCCGUGGUGGAAAGUUGAAGUUGGCUAUGUUUUGGAAAGUGAUAUAAAAUAUGUUAAUGAGAACGAGCGUAGCCUAAUUGACGACUUGAUUGAUUUUGGAUCCCAAAUUGCAGGAAAGUGCGACUAUAAUGUGAUUCACAGCCUUUAUAGAAAGGGCUUGAUAUAUCUAGAUGUGCCGAUUAGCGGCGAAGAUAAAAUUUGCAUUCCACCUCUUCGAAAUUUCGUAAUGAAUCGUGUUAGCGGUGACUAUUUCGAGAAUCUUUUGUAUAAAGUUUUUGUCAGCACGGAUGAACAUAUGACCAUGUCUGAAUUAGCACAAAUGUUACAAAUUGAAUUGAAUGCCGUCAAACAAGCCGUUUCCCUUUUCUGUCGAUUAGGAUUUGCCAAGAAGAAGGAAAGUGAAAGCGACGCUUCUCCAGUGCAUGCAUCGUGGGAAGCUCGCGAAACGUCGAGCGGUGAACAGCCACAAAUUACGCCAUUAAACUACCAUUCCUUGCUUGUAAAUGAAGGCGGCACUGGUUUGAUUGAUCAGACGACCCCCAGUCCAAAACAAUUGAAAAGUUCAAAUUCUGUCGAGGGGAUAUCGUCAGAUGGCAAUGCGAGUGAUUUUUCAUUCACGAAUAUUACGAUACCAUCAGAAAACGAGGGUAAGCCGAAAAGCACUGAAAACGAGCCUAAUUCGGAAAUCGAAGACCUUACGAAUGAAGUGAAACCUGUUAGGCUAGUAGAUACGACACUCAAAAGUGGAAAAAGAGUAGGGUUUCUAUUCGACUCAACUCUGACGGCAUUUCUUAUGAUGGGAAACCUAUCGCCGGGGUUGAAAAAUCACGCAGUAACCAUGUUCGAGGUGGGGAAGUUAUGUGAUGAAAGUAUUGACGCAUUCCUUGCUGAAUUGGAGAAGGUUUCUUUAUUAGAUGCUGAGGGUGAAGGAGAAGUUAGCAGAUAUUUUGCGCAUGCGAUAAUAUUGCGCUCAACCAUUAUCGCACUGAGGAAUAUUUUGCCAGCUGGUCUAGACUUGUUGCGGCUGGAAUGCUUGGAGAGUUUGGAUUGUAAAACUCGCGAUCGCCUCUUAGAAAAGAAGUACAAAUUUAUCAUAUCAGCGUCCCCAAUAACAAGUCCGCUCACACAUACCUUCAGCAUUCCAUUUUUUGGUCAAUUUUACCGAAGCUCGGAUAACUCGCAUAUAUGGUCGAAAAUGUUUUAUUAUCACAUAUCAGGAUACGGAUUGCCAGCUCUUUUGCUCGCGAAAGGAACCGUCCUGAAAACGUUACCACGCCUCUUUCUGGGCUACGGGAAAUUGCUAGUGACCCUCAUGCACACAGAUUCAUAUGUAAUUUGUUCGGAGAAUUUCCGUUCGCUAAAUGAACAACUGAAGAAUGGAUGCGUACUCGUGCAAGGGUACGGUAUUCGACAAUCAGCUGAAGUUUGCUAUGAAGCGUUUCCUUUCGACAUGAAUGAUUCAGCGAAGAGUAAGUGGGCAAGUCACAGAGCGGUCGAAAAGCUCCGAGAGCAUUUAAAUUUAACAGAAACGUGCGGCUAUGUCACUUUCGUUAAAAGCGGUGUUCCAGAUAUUGGAUGUGAAAGUUAUGAGAUCGACGUUUGCCUACAACGACCACAAGCCAAACGAAAAAAGAGUGCUCCGGGGGUCGGUGUUCUCGAUAAUGCAAACCUAACUAGGUCGUCGGCAAGUGAAUCCCAUCCAUCAGCAUCCAAUGGACCAGACAUGAACGCUUCUGAAGUUUCCACAUUCAAUGCAGUAAAGACGAAAGCUGAUCAUCUUAAAACGCCCGAUGAGGACUAUUUUGCAGUGACUCCACAAAGCUCAUCACCUUCGAAUGUGUUUCGCAGUGACGACUGCAAUGAACUCUUAGCAUCGGAACUAGCGCGAUUAGAUAGUGUCUCGCCUGAUAAAGAAGACGAAAAAGGAACGAAAGAAUUAGUGUCACAAGCGUCGGUUGAGAUUCCAUUGGAAAUUGGUUCGGCAAAUGAGGAUGAGGACACGGUGUGUGAAUCGCCCAAGCAUGAAUAUUACGGCGAAGAAUGGACAUUGCUCGACGUCAAUUUCGGUAUUCCACUUUUCGAUGUAGACUGUAAUACGAGAAUAUGUGAAUAUAUUGUUAGGAAAUUAUGCUCGGAGGAGAAUUUGGAAAGACUCUCUUCGAUUAAUGCAGAGAUGAAUAAUAAAUUUUUGCGAUUUGUUAAGCAAUGUUUGUACUUCGAAGACGAAGAUGUUGAAGUGAUCAAAAUUGGAAAGCUUUUGCCUCAACCACGAAUCAAUCUAGCAUUUGAAAAUGGGAAAAUUUGCUAUUGGGGCGGUAAAUAGGCUCCUUGAGGAAAUACAAACUCAUCAACUCGGAUUUGUCAAUAGUUGCGAAUAAGACGGGCAACCCCAAAAGGUAAUCUUCGCUUUGGAAGGAAAAAAGCUAAAUCAAAGAUGAUUGCGGCCAUUUGUACUUUUUUGUUGAUUUUAUACAAGUUUAUGUUAUAAUUACUUUCAAAAAUCGACUCAGACGAUUUAUUCAAGCCAAAAUGUUUAAGCAACAUAAUAGCUAGGUAUUUAGACGAUUGUAAAAUUAGAUGGAUUCUAGCUUGCUUAUCAAAUGUCUAGUACCUACAUGCGUAGCUGAAGCAGGAAAUGUGUCCAAUUCCACUUAUGCUUACAAAUUUAUGUGAAUAGAUGAUGCCGAGAAGAAAGGAAACAAACUUUUUUUGUUAAUUUUUUAUUAAAAAUAAAUGCAUAUAUUUUUAUUUGAA